AUGUCGCCUCCAAGUCAAAAAGGGAUCGCACUCAUCACAGGAUCUGCUCAGGGCAUUGGUCGAGGUAUCGCUCUACGACUUGCGAGGGACGGCUUCGACAUUGCCUUAAACGACCUCCCAACGAAAAGUGGGCAGCUGGCCGCUGUAGCUAGUGAAGUCGAAGCAUUAGGACGCAAAGCGUGUAUCGUGAUCGCGGAUGUAACGAUCGAAGAGGAAGUCAAGAACAUGGUCAACGACACUGUAAAAGAGCUGAGCGGAUUGGAUGUGAUGGUCGCCAACGCUGGCAUUCCAGGAGCCAACACAGUCUUGGCAACCACUGUUGAAGAUUGGGAGCGUGCAUUCACCGUUAACGCCCGCGGAGUCUUCUUGUGUUAUAAACAUGCCGCAGUACAGAUGAUAUCCCAGGGCCGUGGUGGUAGGAUCAUUGGCGCAAGCUCCAUUGCCGGAAAGAUAGGAUUUCCAUCAGCUGCUGCAUAUUGCGCUAGCAAGUUCGCUGUCCGCGGAUUGACGCAGACGGCUGCUCUUGAGCUCGGAAAAUACAAUAUCACAGUCAACUCCUAUGCACCGGGUGUCAUACAAACCGAGAUACGUACGUUCUAUGUGAUAGUAUGUAGAUCGAAGCUGAUCGAUUCCGUAAACUCACUCAUUGGGAACCGACCGAUCAAACACAAUGGCCAACCAGAAGAUAUUGCAAGCAUUGUCAGUUAUUUGGCAUCAAAAGAAGCGCAUUUCAUCACAGGUGAGUAUUUAUUUGCCCACGUUCAACUGAGAAGACCGUAUUCGGUAUGGUAUGGCUUCAAACUUAGGAACUUUGGGAUCUCCUCCCUGAAGGUAGUCAGGGGGACUGCUCAAACAUUACCCGUGAUGUCUCACUCCAAAGGUGUCGCCCUCGUAACCGGCUCAGCACAAGGAAUUGGCCGUGCAAUAGCCAUCAGAUUAGCUCAAGACGGCUUCGAUUUAGUGCUUAAUGAUCUGCCGGGAAAGAAAGAGGCACUGGAAGACUUCGCAGCCGAACUUCAGCGGGGCGGAGAACCAGAGGGUUCCUACCAUCCCAGGACAUGCAUUGUGACUUGCGAUGUCAGUGAAGAAGACGAGGUGAAGAGUAUGAUCGAUACCGCAGUCAACGUCCUAGGCAGCUUGGAUGUUAUGAUUGCGAAUGCUGGAAUUAGUGCCAUGGUAGAUCUCUUAAGUGAAACUAUAGAAGGGUGGGACCGUAUGAUGCGAAUCAACGCCACCUCCGCAUUCCUGUGCUAUAAAUACGCCGCCAUCCAGAUGGUGAAACAGGGGCGUGGCGGUCGCAUCAUCGGUGCCAGCUCUAUGGUAGGAAUUCAAGCCACAUCCCCCUUGCUGUCGUACAGUGCAAGUAAAUUUGCUGUUAGAGGUAUAACGCAAGCGGCUGCACUGCAACUCGGUCAAUAUGGAAUCACAGUCAACUCCUAUGCUCCAGGCAUCAUAGCGACACCCAUGGGUAAGUGCUACAAGCAUUUUUGUUGCACGAUUGACGCCUCUGCAGUUGGAUACGUCGGACAACCGGAAGAUGUUGCCAGCGCUGUUGCAUACCUAGCUUCCAAGGAGGCCCAUUUCAUCACAGGCAAGUUUCCCAUCCGGCAAGGGCUGUAUGUGAACUAA